CCCUCAGGGGGCGUGGUCUGCACGCGGUUUGGGGCGGGCUGUGAGGGGGCAGCUGCUUCCGGGCGGGCCGCCCCACCCCCACGUGGGCCCGGGGUGGCCAGAAAGAGCCACAGCGUUGGCGGGAGCGGCGCCUCGCACCCCGUAGGCAGGCAGAGCUGAGCACACAGCGGACGCCUCAGGAGCCCUCAGUUCAACCAGCUGGCUGCCCAGUACCCCCAGUGCCCACCAUGCAGCCCCAGUCGGUUCUGCACAGUGGCUACUUCCACCCGCUGCUUCGGACCUGGCAGGCGGCCACCACCACCCUCAGUGCCUCCAACCUCAUCUACCCCAUCUUUGUCACGGAUGUUCCUGAUGACGUGCAGCCUAUCGCCAGCCUCCCAGGAGUGGCCAGGUAUGGUGUGAACCGGCUAGAAGAGAUGUUGAGGCCCCUGGUGGAAGAGGGCCUGCGUUGUGUCCUGGUCUUUGGUGUCCCCAGCAGAGUUCCCAAGGACGAGCGGGGCUCUGCAGCCGACUCUGAGGACUCCCCAACUAUUGAGGCGGUCCGUCUGUUGCGCAAGACCUUCCCCAGCCUCCUGGUGGCCUGUGACGUCUGCCUGUGCCCCUACACCUCCCAUGGUCACUGCGGGCUUCUGAGCGAGAACGGGGCAAUUCAAGCCAAGGAGAGCCGCCAGCGGCUGGCAGAGGUGGCACUGGCCUAUGCCAAGGCAGGAUGUCAGGUGAUAGCCCCGUCGGACAUGAUGGACGGACGCGUGGAAGCCAUCAAGGAUGCUCUGAUGGCACAUGAACUUGGCAACAGGGUCUCCGUGAUGAGCUAUAGUGCCAAGUUUGCUUCCUGUUUCUAUGGACCUUUCCGGGAUGCGGCUCAGUCAAGCCCAGCCUUUGGAGACCGCCGCUGCUACCAGCUGCCCCCCGGAGCACGAGGCCUGGCCCUCCGAGCAGUGGACCGGGAUGUGCGGGAAGGAGCUGACAUGCUCAUGGUGAAGCCGGGAAUGCCCUACCUGGACAUUGUGCGGGAAGUGAAGAACAAGCACCCUGAGCUCCCUCUCGCUGUGUACCACGUUUCUGGAGAGUUUGCCAUGCUGUGGCACGGAGCCCAGGCCGGGGCGUUUGAUCUCAAGGCUGCCGUCCUGGAGGCCAUGACUGCUUUGCGCAGAGCAGGUGCUGACGUCAUCAUCACCUACUACACACCUCUGCUCUUGCAGUGGCUGAAGGAGUGAUGGAGAGAGUGUGGAAGCCCCAAGAACUAGAACAUUAAAAAGGUCCCGGGGCCUUGGAGAAGUGAAAAACAAAGUAAAUGCUGCUUUUAGAACUGUG